AUGAACGAGUUAGAGAGAAUAUGGGUAUCAGAAGAUUAUAAGGCUAAGUGUGAGAUUGCUAAGGCUAAUCGAGCCUCAACCACAGGAGGCACUCAACGCAAAGGUGGAAAUAUUUCUAAUACUGAGCAUAAGAAGAGAUUGGAUGAGUUCAUAAGGAGAAAGGUAGAACUAAGUUCUGAAGGAGGCUCUCCAAGUGUACAAUCUAAUCAGGAAGAAUUUAACAUAUGGUUAGAUGUUAUAGGUGGUAAAAACAAGAAGGGCCGCAUCUAUGGAUUUGGAUCUGAGACUGAUGAUGAUAUUUGUAUGCAGAGAUCUUCUCCUUCCAUCAACAGCACAAGUAUCAAUACUAAUAUUGAAACUGAAUUGUGCACGAGGAUAACAAAGUUUACACAGGAGAUUCAACAGAUUAGACAAGAGCAUCAAGAGAUGAGACAAAAUUAUAAUAAAAUCAUGUUUGCAUUGGAAUGA